AUGAGCAGCAAGAUUAAAGUAGUACAAAACGUAUAUUCAAGAAUGGCAAUCUCUAGAAUGUCAAGGGUCAUGAGGAGGAGGAUGGUAACUCCCUACACUACAUCAGCAAUGAUGAGGAGGAGCAUUACCACUACAAAUAAUUCAUCAUCAACCUCUCCUGAAAUGCCAACUUUUACCACUAAUGGUUCUAAAAAUACAAAAGAACCCAAGAGUAAAUGGGUCCCAAUUACGAUCUUUUCAGGAAGUUUCUUAAUUGGUUGGUAUUUAACACAACAUAUGACAUUUACUGAUGUGAUGGCAUAUUGGAAAUAUGAUAAAUUACCGCAAGAUUCUGAGCAAGUACAAAGAUAUCGAUUUGAGAUCAUGAAUAGAUUAGAGAAGUUACCAAUUAUGAAACAAAUUCGUGAAAAUAACAAUGAAUUAGGGUAUUAUGAAGUGUUUCCUAAGGAUUCAGUUCCUGGUCAUAAAAGUGUUAAAGAGGGGAAUCAAUUGAUUAAUAAGACUCUUUUGACACCUGGUGGUAUAGCUAUACCACCUAAAUUUUUUUAUAAUCCUGAAAAGAAGGAAGUGGUUGGUAUUUAUCAUUUAGGGAUGAAAUUAACAGGAUACCCUUUUAUUGUUCAUGGUGGUAUUCUCGCUACUGUGAUGGAAGAUUUAAUGAGAGAAGGCAUCCAAAUCAUUAAACAGAAGAAUGGUGAGAAAACUAAUGAAUUGACUAUAUCGUAUAAGAUGCCCACAUUUGCUAACCAAUUUGUCAUAGUGAGAACUACUCAAGUGGAUGAUAUUGGUAAAGAUAGUGUUAAUAUGAAAGUGGAUUUAAUGGAUCAAAAUGGUCAAAAUGUUCUUGUCAAAGGUUCAGGUUCAUUCAAGACUAUUUGA